AGACGGUGACUAAGAAGUCUCUGAGCCACACUGAAGGCCCCAGAGGUGGCCACUGUGCCUGCUGGUGAACAUCCGUCGCUUCCACGGCCCCUUUGGGGCACAGGUCCCUCGGGACGUGAUGGCGUGGCUGUGGCUGUCCUGCCUAUUGCUUCCCGCCCUUGUCAUGUCUGUGGCAGCCAACGUGGCCCCUAAGUUCCUGCCCAACAUGACAAAAACAACCCUGCCUGAGGACCUACCUGUGGGUGCUGAGGCCUUCUGGAUGGCAGCUGAGGACAAGGACAACGACCCUCUGACCUAUGGGAUUAGUGGCCCCAAUGCCUACUUUUUCAAGGUCACCCCAGACACCGGGGAAGUGAGGCUGGACAGCCCGCUGGACUAUGAGACGCUCACCUGGUUCCCAGUUGUCAUCUCUGUGAGCGAUGGUCACAACAAGCCAGUGCAGAAGGAAUUUCAGGUGAUUGUGGAGGACAGAAAUGACAAUGCACCUGUUUUCCAGACCACUGAUUUCUCCGCCACCAUCAGUGAGACCCUGCCGGUCGGCUCGCUGGUGUUCUCGGUGCUGGCCACGGACAAAGACACGGGGUCUGCGGGUGUCGUGCAGUACUACAUAGAGGGGGUCACCCCGAGCACGGGGGACAGCAAGGACCUCUUCAGGAUCCUGUCCAAUGGCUCCAUCAUCCUCAACGGCAGCCUGAGCUACAACAACAAGAGUGCCUUCUACCAGCUGAAGCUGAAAGCCUGUGACCUGGGCGGCAAGUACAACAACAGCUUCGUCAUCCAGUGCUCCUCCUCCGUCUUCCUGUCCAUCUCUGUGGUCGACGAGCCGGACCUGGACCCCCAGUUUGUCAGGGAGUCCUACUCGGCCUCUGUGGCUGAGGACGCACCCCAGGGAACCUCUGUGCUGAAGGUGGAGGCUGUGGACCAGGACAGAGGCAUCAAUGACAAUGUGACCUACAUCAUCUCCAACUCCACGAGGCCUGGCUGGUUCGCCAUCAGGCCAGACGGGGUGAUCAGCGUCAGCGGCACCCUGGACCGGGAGCAGCUGCUGGAGGAGGAUGAGGAGGUGCAGCUGCAGGUCACGGCCACGGAGAUGCACCCCAACAUCUACGGGCAGGAAGCCAAGGCCAGCAUAUGGGUCACGCUGCGGGUGACGGAUGUCAAUGACCACGACCCUGAGUUUUUCAACUGCAGCCUCCCGACCUGCACCUUCUCCCCACAAGAAGCCCAAGUCAACUUCACGGGCUCCGUGGACGAGCACUCCUCCGCCCGCAUCCCCGUGGACGGCCUCACCAUGGCAGUCUAUGACCCAGACAAGGGCAGCAACGGCACCUUCCUGCUGUCCCUGAGGGGCCCCGACGAGGCAGCCUUCAGCGUCUCCCCCGGGAAGGCGUCGGGCUCCACAGAUGUGCAGGUGCUGGUGCGGUCUCCAGCGCUGGUGGACUAUGAGGAGAAGACGGUGAUGCUGGUGCAGGUUGUGGCCACUGACUCUGUCAGUGGGAACUCAUCUGUUGCCUCAGUGACCAUCCAUCUCAGGGACAUCAAUGACCACAGGCCCACGUUUGCUCACAGCCAGUACAACCUCAGCGUCUUCGAGCACAGUCCUGUCGGCACGGUGGUUGCCAGUGAUGUCCAAGCCUCUGACCCUGAUACGGGCGAGGGCGGCCGCAUCACCUACAGCCUGCUCCCAGGGACUGGGGCAGACAUCUUUGCGGUGGACCCAGACUCGGGGACAGUGACGGUGAGAAACAGCGAGCUGCUGGACCGGGAGAAGCAGGCCGUGUUCUACCUCACGUUACAGGCCACCGACGGCGGGGGCCUGUCGUCCUCCACCACGCUGAGGGUCGAACUGCUGGAUAUCAACGACAACGAGCCGGUGGUCGUCGGCUCCUACAACAUCUUCGUCCAGGAGGAGAGUGGCAAUGUCUCCGUGACCAUCCAGGCUCAGGACGCCGACGAGCCUGGCAGCAACAACAGCCGCCUGCACUUCAGCCUGCUGCCCAGUGCCUACAGCCAGAACUUCUCGCUGGAUCCAGACACGGGGCUCCUCCAAAACCUGGGGCCCCUGGACCGCGAGGCCAUCAGCCCUGCCCUGGAGGGCCGAAUCGUGCUGACAGUGCGUGUGGCUGACCAUGGCGUGCCCGUCCUCAGCACCGAGGCCAACGUCACCAUCACUGUGGAGGACAUCAAUGACAAUCUGCCCAUCUUCAACCAGUCCGACUACACCUUCUUGGUGAGGGAGCGGGACCCAGGCGUGCUGGUGGGCGUGGUGAAGGCCAGCGACGCAGACCAGACGGAAGCCAACAACCGCAUCAGCUUCAGCCUUUCCGGGAGCGGUGCCAACAACUUCCUGCUGCGAGGCUCGGUGCUGGGGCCGGGGCAGGCAGAGGGCCGCCUCAGCCUGCCCGCUGACAUCAGCCUGGACUACGAGACCCAGGCCUCCUUCAACCUGACCGUGACUGCCGAGAACCCGGACCCCCAGGGGGCCAAGGCCAUGGCGGCCGUCUUUGUGCGUGUGGAGGACGUGAACGAUGAGCCCCCGACCCUGGACCCGGCCUCACUCCGGGGCAUCCGCGUGGCUGAGAACGGCUCGCAGCACGGCCUGGUGGCCCAGGUGGUGGCCCAUGAUGUGGACACCAGCGCCCAGCUGGAGGUGCAGCUAGUGGACGUCGUCUGCACCAAGGCCGGGGCUGACGUGGGCAGCCUGUGCCGCGGCUGGUUCUCUGUGCUGGCCAACGGCUCUGUGCUCGUCAACCAGAGUGAGGCCAUCGACUACGAAGCCUGUGACCUGGUCACGCUGGUGGUGCGGGCCUAUGACCUCAUGACAGAUCCCCGCUUCCAGGCCUACAGUGACAACGGAACCCUCCCCAUCACCAUCGAGGACAUCAAUGACAACGCGCCUUAUUUUCUGCCCGAGAAUAAGACUUUUGUGAUCAUUCCAGAACUUGUGUUGCCCAACCAGCAGGUGGCGUCGGUCCGGGCCAGAGACGAUGACUCAGGGAGCAAUGGGGCCAUCCUGUUCUCCAUCCUGCAAGUGGAUUUCAUCUCCAAGGAUGGGGCCACGACCCCUUUCCAGGGCUUCUUUCGGAUCUCCACCUCUUCAGAGGCUGAUGUGUUCAUUGGCAACAUUGAACUGGUGACCAGCCUUGAUUCCACUCUCCAAGGCACUUACCAAGUGACAGUCCAGGCCCAGGACAAGCCGUCAGUGGGUCCUGCCCUGGAAGCCAAGACCACCCUGAAUCUCUUCACGGUGGAUCAGAGUUACCGCGUGAGGCUGCAGUUCUCCACAAGCAAGGAGGAUGUGGGGGCCAACAUUAAUGAGAUUAAGGCGGCUCUCACCCAGGCGACCAGGACAACUGUUUACAUCGUGGACAUUCGGGACAUAGAAUCCAAGGCACGGGCCCGAGGCCGUUCCUACCUCGACGCCUACUUCGUCUUCUCGAACGGGACAGCCCUGACGCUUGACCAGCUGAAUGUGGUGAUCCGGGAGGACCAGGACUCGCUGACACAGCUGCUGCAGCUGGGGCUUGUGGUGCUGGGCUCACAGGACAGGCCGAAGUCGGAUGAGACAACGCUGCUGCGCAGUAUCAUCGUAGGACUGGGCGUGGCUUUGGUGCUGGUCAUCGUGAUCAUGUCCACGGCCUUCGUGUGUGCCCGCAAGAGCUACCGCCGGCAGCUUCGGGCUGUAAAGGCUGCCAAGGAGGCCCGGAAAACAGCAGCAGGGGUGAUGCCCCUGGCCUCUGCCAUCCCUGGGACCAACAUGUACACCACUGAGCGGGCCAACCCCGUGCUGAACCUCUCCACCAAGGACCUGGGCUUCGAGUCCCAGUCUUCCUCCAGUGACAUAGACCAUCUCAGCCUCAACUCCCUGGAUGACAACUCUGUGGAUCUGGAAGACAGCAAACAGGAAAUCAAGAAGGAGCCCCUGCACAGUGUAGUGGGGCAGGAGACAGAGCCCCUGAGUGUGGUGCUGGCCGGAAGGCAGGCGGGCUUCACCAAUGCUGGCCUGGACACCACAGACCUGUGAUGGGGCCGUACCUCGGAGCCCUGCAUGGGCCCCCAUGCUUCUGGUCUACCUCGGAAGAGAUCCUGUCUCCCCGAUACUACACCUACCCUCCCCAAACAUAGUAAUAUAUCAUAGUGAUG